GCAAGAGCUAAACCCUAAUCUUCUUUGAUUUUUUCUUCUUCUUCUUCUUCUCUCGAUCACCGUUGAAACAAUGAGCAGAAAAUUCAGAGAUGGUGAAGUACGCGACUUCUGGGAUUUGAAGGAUUUCCCAGUCCCUAAGGGUCGCAAGAUUCGUGACAUUAUUGAUUCUGUUCUUAUGAGACGGGGUUAUAUAGGUGAGGUCUCAAUCACGGCUUAUGGUGAGAAGGAUCCUGAAGACAAUCCUCUGGAGAAUGGAAUCACCUUCGUACACAGAAGGGAUAAAUAUUGGAGGCUUAAUAAGAUAUUAGUAGAUUUUGCUUUGGCCGCAGCGGACAAUCAUGAGCCCCAUCUUGUACAAUUAACUUUGAUGGUAGUCGCAGAAAACAUCAAGAAAGAUACCGAGUUCUUCCAUCUUCUACGAAACGUGAAUUCUAUAAGGUUCAAUGUCUUAUUAGUAGUCCCUGAUGUGUGCCACCCAGAAGAAGUGCCACUUCCUUUUGUUAGCUUAGCUUGGCGUUGGACAGACCUACUACAGGGAGGAGAUCCUAUGCCUGAAACCGAAUUACUCGCCCUAUUAGAUCGAGGGAAACAAGAGUUUAUCUGGUGAUUAUGAACAUGAUAGGUACGUACGCUGAUGAUAUGGUGAUGCUGGGCUCCAUCUAAAGUAAUGUCGUUAUAUCAAUAUGAUCGAUACUUUCGAUUUUAAAAGGCUCUGGUGGUUUUGUGUACGAAAUUUCAUGUUAUCAUUCUUGUCUUAAACCAUGAUUUGUUUUGAGUUCAAGUGAUAUUUUGUACGGUUUUAAUUACGUACGUUUGCUC